CGGGUCGCCUGCACUGUGGCCUCCUAGAUGGCAACAGAGGACAGGGAGGCGAUGGAAGCCCGGGGGGCAGGAGAAAGUUGUCCCACCUUCUCCAAGUUGGUGCCUGGUGAUGCUACACCUGAAGGGAAGCCCAGGGUCCUGCUGGAGGCAGAAUCCCUUAAACCAGACUCAUCCUACAACUACCUAGAGGAGAUGGACACAGGCGAGGACCGAGGCUGCCCAGGGCUCUCCAAGUCCGGCCCGACCACCAAGGGCCAGGCAGGAGAUGCACCCGAGCCCACGGAAUUUUCCCCGGCCCCAGGGCCGGAGCACCCGGUCUCAGUGGAACUGGAGAAGUUGCGCAUGGACUUCGAGCUGGUGCGGCUCAAACACCUGCACGAGGAGAAUGAGCGGCAGCGGCAGCACGAGGCAGUGAUGGCGCAGCUGCAGCAGCAGACGGCGCCACGGCAGUUCUCAGGUGGCCUCCAGGACCUCCUGCUGCCCCAGAACCAGUUUGCCAUGUUCCUGUUCUGCUUCAUCUUUGUACACAUCAUCUAUGUCACCAAGGAGAUGGUCUUCUUCCUCUUUUCCAGGCACUACCUGUUCUGCAUUGCCGCCAUCUUGAUGUGUUUGAUUAAAACUUUAUGGCUGCCGGUGCCGGUCAGUCCAGUCCAUUCAGGCAGCUCCCCGGACCCGCAGCGCCCCCAAACCCCUCUUGGCUCGCGUCCGUCCGCAGCGUCCCGGAGACGCUCUAGGCUGCAGCUGCCGGGGGAACCGGAGCUCGCGGCGCGGGUGCAGGUCGCUUCCCGGCAGUUACAGAAGUCGGGGUUCCUUGGUCUCCCCUUCCCGGAGGGCUGCGAGGAGCCCCCAAACCCCUAG